ACUUCAUCGAUCAACGACCUUACCAACCACCGCUCGAGAACAAAAAAGAUGGGUGAAUCUCUGGAUCUUAUAAGCGAUCUACCACAAAGCAUACUUGAGAACAUUCUCACUCGUCUUUCCCUAAGAGACGCAAUCAGAACAAGCGUCUUAUCAACCAAAUGGAGAUACAAAUGGUCAACACUCACUGACCUCACAUUCGACGAAAAAUGCGUCGCUCCUUCUACUGAACGCGCCGUGGUUGAGACCAAUCUCGUUAGAUUCAUCACCGGAGUGCUCCUCCUUCACCAAGGCCCCAUCCACAAGUUCCACCUCUCCACUUCCUUCCUGCAAUGCCGUCCAGACAUUGACCAGUGGCUGCUCUUCCUCUCGAGAAACGACAUCAAGGAGCUGGUUCUUGAGUUAGGUGAAGGAGAGUUUAGAGUUCCUUCUUGUCUCUUCAACUGUUUGAAACUGACGCGUUUGGAGUUGUGUCACUGCGAGUUCGACCCUCCUAAGUCUUUUAAUGGGUUUGCGUCUCUCAAGAGUCUUAACCUUCAUCAGAUUCUGGUUUCUCCUGAGGCGAUUGAGAGUUUGAUCUCUGGAUGUCCGGUUCUGGAGUUCUUGUCUUUGUCUUAUUUUGAUAGUUUGGUUUUGAGUAUAUCAGCUCCGAAUCUUAUGUACUUGUAUCUAGAUGGAGAGUUCAAAGAUAUUUUCCUGGUGAACACGCCUAAGCUGGUUGCGAUAUCGGUUUCGAUGUAUAUGCAUGAGGAUGUUGCUGAUUUUGAGCAGAGUUCGGAUUAUAAUCUCGUUAAGUUCCUUGGUGGUGUGCCCCUUCUUGAGAAACUUGUCGGUUAUAUUUACUUCACUAAGUAUUUGAGCAUAGGAGAUGACCCGGGAAGGCUUCCAAUUACUUACAUUCAUCUUAAGACAAUAGAACUAUACCAAGUAAGUUUUGAAGAUGCCAAUGAGGUACUAGUUCUUCUUCGUUUGGUCACUCACUCUCCUAACCUUAAAGAGCUCAAAGUUUCGGCUUCACCAAUACAACUAUUUCCUUUAGAAGAAGAAAGUUUCGACCUUUUCGAAAGAGACUACUUUGACUACAAACUCCCGAGGCUAGAAACGGUGAGGAUGACAGACGUUUCUGGGAUAAGGAAUGAGUUGGAGUUCAUAAGAUUCUUGAUGGGAACUUCACCAGUUCUGGAGACGGUUAUUGUAACAUCGAGUUUGUCAGAUAAAGAAGCGAGAAUGGAUAUGGUUGUGGAAUUGCUCAGGUUCCCGCGUGUCUCUCCACGAGCACAGUUACUCUUCCUUCAAGAUUGAGUCUCUGUUUUAACUCUCUGUGUGUAUGUUCAUUUGCUCAAUUAAGGGUUCUGAAAAUAAUGAUGGACGUGAAGUUUUUAAUGUAGUCUGACCAAAGAGUUAAUAAAUGGUUGCAGUCUUGCAGAGACUUUGUUAUACACAUCAAUUCGUAAAGCAAGA